AUGUCUAUUCAAAUGGCCAUGGUCUUUGGUGCCCUUGUGGCACAAAUGGCGGUCAUUGCCCUUUUGCUUUUACCCUUACCACAUAUGAUCCGGGCAAAGAUUGUUCGUGGGUGGGCAGCGUUGCGCCAAAAUGCCAACUACAAAGUCGGGCUGCUAUUUGUUUCUGGUUUAAUGGUUCUUCAGUUUGCUGACUGUGUACAGAAACUACAGAAAUACCUGAGAAGAGAAAGCCCAGAAGCUGUGCUCAACCCAAGUAUGGGUGUUGGGCUUCUGUCCGACAAGCUUGCAUCCAAAUUUUACGCCCAGCGCAAUUUGUAUUUGAGCGGUGCAGUUCUUUACUUGGGCCUCACGAUUCAUACGGUGCUUCUGAUAAUGGGCAAGUUGGUGGCGAAAGAGGUCCUUUGCCGUAGUGCACAUAACGAGAACACCAAGGAUGAUUCUGAAGAAAUCGUGGCUUUGAAGGAGACCAUCCGUAAACGUGAGGUGGAAAUUGCGGCCAUGAAGAAGCAAAUUGAAGGUGUGCAAAAAGCAUACGACGGUUUGAGUGCUUCUUCUGAACGCUCUAAGGACGACUGA